CGCCCAUGGUCCUGCCCCUAGAUGCUACGUGCUACUCGAUGCGGCGACUGUUCGCAAAUUUACCGAUCGCUUUGCGAUUUAUCGGGUGGCGCCUGCUAUGGUGUCAUUCCACUGCGUUGGUAGCAAGGUUAAACAAAGACAUUCAAGCCGGUUGUGUCCAGUAAACUGCGUUUGCCACUGUUUCCCAAGAUGUCUGAUGCUGUGUGUGGCUCAAGCGACCAACAAGACGCAUCGGGUCUAUGCAGCGAUAGUGCUGUGCGAAAACGGCGCCAGCCUCGUAAGGACUAUGCCGCUCUCUCAAAUCCUCAGCUCGACGCUGAUACUGACGAAGCUACAUCCGACGAUAACAGGUUAGACGACAGUGACGUUUCGGACUUGGGCGAGAACUCGGACCGCAAAGGUAAUUCCGCUCGGAUCUGCCAUCGAAGUUCCUGUGUCUUCACCUGCGUCAUCUGCUUCGCCGGUGCGGAUGACAAGCGCUCCCACCUGGAUCACCUGGCUGCGGCGCAUCCGAAUAUGAAGACUCACUGCCUCGCGUGCGAGUCUCAAUACGACACCUACCCGGACUACACGCAGCACCUCCGCGACUGCCACCCGCGGCUAUCGCAGUCCAUCGAUAAGGCAGAAGGCGGCGGCACCAAGAGCAGUCUCUACUGCCUCGAGUGCGGCAAGGGGUUCGACAAGAGGUCUUACCUUUACCAGCACCGGGCGCAACAUUUCAUGCUGAAUCGCAUUCCGUGUGAUGUGUGCGGCAAGUCGUUCCUGGAAGGAGCCAUGAUGGAGCGGCACUUGGAGACGCACAGAGAGGUGACACACAAAUGUUCACGCUGCCUGCGCACGUUUCGGAGCGCGGUCGGCUUGGCCAGGCAUGAGCGAGCACACCAGCGCCACAAGCAGUUCUGCUCGGUUUGUGGCACCUUCUACCAGACGGCGAUUGCACUGGAGGUCCACAUAUGCACCUGGCACCGAGACCGGGAAGACCGGCAUUGCUGCUCCCUGUGCCAGAAGGAGUACAGCAAUCCAGACUGUCUGCGCCAGCACAUGACGCACAAGCAUGGCAGCAAGAUGGGUGGCGAGCCAUCAUUCUCUUGCCACAUCUGUGACCGCCGCUUUAGGUGGAAGUCAAGCCUGAAGAUGCAUGCUAAGCUUCACGAAGCAAUGGACAGCAAUGCCAAUGUCGAGGUGUUUAAGUGCAGAACGUGCGGACAGAUAUGUCCCAGCCAGUGCUCUCUCAAGGCUCACAUGAUCAAACAUAGUGAUCGUAGGCAGUUCCCCUGUGAAAUUUGCGGUAUAGCGUUCAAACGCAAAUAUGCCCUUAAGGAGCACUGCCAAGCAGUGCACUGUAGUGAGAAGAACUUUCAGUGCAGCACCUGUGGUCAGACCUUUGUUGUGAAGCGCUACCUGGACGCACACUUCAAGCAGGCACACAUACCUGGCCCGCAGUCAUUUACAUGCAGCAGUUGUCCAAAGGUCUUUAAGACAGAAAAAAGCCUAAAGUCCCACUGGCGCUCCUGCCAUGGUGACAUCCCAAAGGACCACAUCUGUGAUAUCUGCACCAAGGCGUUUGUGUCAUUCAAAGACCUCAAGCGACACGCCCUCAUUCAUGGUGGCGACCGACAGUAUGAGUGCAAGGACUGUGGCUCUGCCUUCUACAGGGUGGACAACCUGAGACGUCACCAGAAACAGGCCUGCAAGUACAGGGACCUUUGAGCGCAGUUCCACUGAACUGGAGUGCUGUUAUGUUUACAUUGUUUAACUUUGAUUCAAGAACACACGAGUUGAGUGCCAUUUAACCUUACUUUGAACAUAAACUGUUUUCCAUAUGGAAGUGUGGCCCGAGAAUGAGGUCACAUAGGUUGGAUCUUAGAACAGUCUUUUUCAUUGAAUGUGAGAGCAUUUACAAAGUUAAGUUCAUAGUGUCAGGUAUGUGUCCUCAGAUUUUUCUAGAAACCUGGCAUCUAUGUUGUCGCUGUUAAGGCAUAAGCUGAAAUAAACUUUUUACUGAGUGUGUAUAUAA